AUAGUGUAUUCUUGUUUGAAAAAAUAAAAAUCGGACAAGGUCGUCAAGGUUCUUGAAAUAAAUCGAAACAAGAUCUGCACCACAACUUCCGUAAAAGGAUGUCCCUCGGAUCCGUGUCGCUUUCGGACGACAAUCAGCUAAAGACGACCACCACGAAUAUGGCAGUGCUGGCGAAAAAUGAGGAAGAGCAGGAGUGGAAGCCGGCCUACAUGCGGGACGACAACUAUGUCUCCGAGUUAGACAUGCGCCCGGUCCCUUCUCUUCGCGACACCCUGACCCAGAUUGGGGCCGAGUUUCGGGACCAGCUUUACAACUCUGUAUGAGAGUUUGUUGUGAAGAACUUCUCGUCCCGCCCUUCAUUCAAGUAAAAAGUGUAUUUUAAGGAGCUGCAACGGAAGCGUCGUGCUACAAAUGACGCUUUCGCAUGACAAAUCACGAGACGGAUUGCACUAAGCCAGUAGUGCUUGCUUUUGGGAUUUGUCCAGCAAAACGUGUCUACUUCCAAGGAGUGCCACCUCCAAGCAAGAAGUGAAAAUGACUUUGGUGUUCUUGUUUUACUUAACACAUGAAAAAAGUAGGGAGGGCGAGUUGGUCUACUUGCUUCACUGUGUCAUACAUAAAUUCCACCAAUAGAGCUACUGCUGCAACAAGAUCAUCUUCUUGGCUCUUCGACUCCUGCGUGAAUAUCGAAACCGCAACGGCAGGCGAGGGAGCAUCUUCAACGUCAGGCGGAGCUGGAGUAAUAAAUGGACGAGAAAUAAAUAACGAGCAACCCUUUGAGCCGCUUUUCGACUCGGAGCAGUUGUUUCUGGGCGCGUUCGAGUUCCGGCGGGCUUCCUUUGCGGAUUUGAUGCUCCUGGUAAAAAUGCAGUGGGUGGAAGGCUAUCAAGUGUAAAAGUGUCUGGGUCUGGAAGAUUCUGAGACUUGUCAUGCACGUUUUGCAUGGGCCAUGAUCAUGAUGUCUGUGAUGCAUGCCCUAGCAUCACAGACUUGUUGAGGGCUCUGCGAUGCCUAUUCCGCAUGGCAAAUGCCCUCUCCCUGUAGCCAAAAUUGCAUUCCCUUUGCUGCUUAUGCAAUACAGAUUUUUUUGGAAUCCAAAUGCAGCAUCACAAGUUCGGAUUCUUCCAGACCCAGACAUUUUUACAUUUGAUAAAGGCCGGGACCCGGCGUUCUUCGGUUCGGCUCCUGCAUCCUCCUCGAAGAUAACUAUUCGCGUUCAGGACCGAAAGCUCCUCCACAUGCAGCACAAUGCGAUCGCGGCGACCGAGACACUCACCUUUGAAACCGUGACACGGAAUUUCUUCGGAAGUGAAAAUGACUUGUCCACCUGUAGUCGUGUGGACAACAGCAGGAGGAAUUAUGCCGGUGUACAAGAAGAACAUGCGCGGCGCACAGGGGGCAGCACGACGAGCGCUAGUGGUAGUGGUAGUGCCGCUGUUGAUCAAGUCGUACUAAAGAAUCAUCCUGCCGCCACCACAGAAGGAACGACAGAGGAAUUAACAGGUGCAGUGGUUUCGUCAAACCGCGAUGUCCUGCUGUGGGAGGAAACCUGGGAGGUGGACUGGAAGGGCGAAAAGUGUCGGAUCGUUCUGGAAAAUUUGAAUUUCCUCUACGCUUUCCGCGUGCGCAUCGAGUUGGAGCUCUUGGGAAGAACUACGCAGAGCACGAUGACGCAGCUUCGGGUGAACACCGUGCAGUAUUUGAUCACAAAAGACAUCGGCGCCCAGAUUUUUUCAAAGGAGCUAUUGGAAGAGAAAUUGGCGGAGGAAGCGAAGAACUGGGCGAAAUUUUUCCACGACCAGGUCGAGAUGAAGGGUAAGAACAGUGGCGGCCAGCACAUGAUGAGCAGUGUUGGGGACAGCAACAAGGCCAAGGACCCGCGCGGCGGCGGCCCUGGUGUCGUAGCUGCGAAUUAUGGAGCAGGAGGUAGUAGUAGUGCAACAGGUGGUAAGAAGAAGCAGCAAAAAAUUGAUACAGCCAUGCUGAUGUCCAUGGCUGAUGAUUUGGGAUAGUUGUACUUAAACCAGAAGUAGCGAAGGACGAACAUGUGGCUGAAGAACAGCUGCACUAGCAAUCGUUCAUCGUUGCUGAUGAAAUAGUUUUUAAACAUCAAACUCUACACACUAGCUGAGUUCAUACAGCAUAAUGAAUCGUCGUGUUCAACAUAGGGGGCCGCCGCUGUUGCUGUCCACUAAACACAGCGUAUGUAAGUAAUCCUUUCCGCACGCCUAAAAGCCGAAGCUCGCCGAUAUGCAGGUCGAUGAGUCCGAAUCCGAAAAGAGUAAUGAAGAGAGUUCAGCCUUACUUUAGGUGUCGUGACGGAGGGCUCCUUCCAAAUUCUGUGUCGAGGUGGAGGGAUCCACGACAAAGCAAAGUGUGUCUGGUGUCGUGUGGUAUCUCUCUAGACUGCUUUUGAAAAGCUUGUGAUUCCACCUGAUUUUGACGAUUGGUUUCUUUCACGCGCAGGUUUCCCAACGACCCCAAAGACAAGAGACGCAAAAGAAAAGUCAAGACGAAUUUGAACACUACUAGGAAUCAAAGUAGUAUCCAAUCUGUAAUGCACGCCGGUGCUUCUCGUGUGUAGUUUAGGUUUUUCCUUUCCUUCCAAAAUAAGCUUUGCCGCUUGUGCCCGUAUUAGGGUGUUUAGAGGUAAGCUAGAAUAAUUUGUAAUGCUGAAAAGCAUACAAGCCCUAAUAGUUUCCCGUGGAGAAACUAAUGCAUCUGUAGUGAAGGUUGACAAACAAAGCAUGAAUUUGUAAUGCUGGCGGCCGUUCUGCUCGGAAAUGCCCGACAGCAAUCUGUCAUGCAUAUUUCGACCAUUUGGCGACGAUGCUUCUUCUCCUCUUUCCCUUUUGUGAUCGCGCUCACCAUUUAGUGAGCGGCAGUGUGGUCUACGGUUCUUGUACGAGCUAGAUCAGUGCUACAAUUUAUGACGAAGGGAUUUCCGGAACCUUUGAUCGUGCUGGUGCUUUGAUCUUCAGGUUGAUCCUUUGGCCAAUUUGUAAUGCUGUUUUUCUUGAUCUGCGGUAAAUCUGGGGCUUUCGGAAUCUAACAUGUAUUUGUCUUGCUAAUCACGACCGAAUUCUUGAUUUGGGUGGACCUCACACAAAGGUCCACCUCGACAGCAAAACGAAAGAAAGCUAUGAAGUUGCUCCACGCCCACCGAUCUGGGGGUGGUCGGGACAAGAAGCAAGACGGCCUAAAAACAGCAAAAUGGAAGAUUUACCCAAAUAAGCGAUUGGCUCCGACUAGCAGCACCCAAUCGAAUACGAAAACUCCCACUGUAAACCCAUUGUCUUUCCUUUUGUUCCGAGCUGUAUCUGGUUACUGCUCCGUUAGACUAGUAACAUUCUUAUCUUUGCACUGCCCUCGGUUUUAGUAGAGAUCUCAUCUAGACUAUAGCUUGAAAAUCAUACAAAAGAAUAAAUAAAACAGACUAUAAUCCUAAACAUCCAGUAAACAAUAAAAGAAAAUCCAUCGUACAUGUAGAAAGUGGGGAACGGGGGAAGAGAAACACGUCUUCCCCCUCCCUCCUAUUCUAGAAAAGCGGUUUCUCGUCCUGAGGAUUCAAGAUCCCAGGACUUUUGCCGAAAGUCCGGGAAUCCUGACGAGACCCGCAUUACAAACCAAUAAAUUAGUUGUGCAAAACCUAUCCAACUGUCAUCAUACAAUGUAGAACUACCAUGCGAAGCCAAAAAAUAAAUGAACGUCUUUUAAUUUUCCAAAACUUGCUAUGCGUGAAUCUGGUCGAAACUGCAAGAGAAACUUGAGCCAAGAAAAUCCUCUUCGGCCCAACUCCCUCGUUCACGACUUUAGCCCCACGAUAAGCGAUAUCCAUAGCACGUUAGUAAUUACGACCCUUCUCGAAGAACGAUUUCCCCAAUUUGUAACGCUAGAAACGAUUUGUCUUCAAAACGAUGUAAACGAUAGCGAAGACCCGAGAUAUGAAGUACGAUUUUCAGUGCUGCGUAAACCAAAAUCAAAUCUUAGAAAGCGCGAUGAGUAGGCGUGUACCAGCAUCGGUGGCUCUAAAUCUAACAUCUUCAUCUUACAAGUAUCAUACUGCCGGGCGGGCUGGGGUAAAGCACAAUUUUUGAAUUUACCCAAAUGCCCCCGCUUUACACCAGGACGCCUACUGCACUGGCAUACUGGAUAUCGGUAUGACUUCAUUAUCUAAAAACCAUUUCCGGUAGCGGACUUCCAUCGGAGCCGCCUCCGCUAGCGUGACAGUAGCGGAAUCCUUCCAAACGCAAAUAUUCCGAACCCAGCCGCAUCCGUUCCGAGCUUUGAAAGCGUAGUCGUCCCUUCGGUAUUCGGCGAUAUUUCCAAUCACGGUUACUCUGUCCAAGCUGACUGGAUUCUUCAUCGGGAUAUCGGCCGAGCCAUUGCGGUCAGCCAGGUAUACUGCACGGUCUAAAACUCCAGUCACCUCGUAGAUCGGCUUUCCGUAAACCCCAGCGAGCUCUUGCUUCCCACGAACCUGAGCCGGUGGCAACUCCACCUGAACUAGAUCCCCCACAAUGACAUCAGGAAACCGGCUACCCCUCUUUGCGAUCAGUUUCUUUCGAGUACGUUCCGCCGCCAAAGCCUUAUCCUCGAGGCAGUCGACCGCCAGUUCCCGUCGUUUCCGUUCGACCUGGUCCAACGCGUCACCGACCGAUAGCUCAACAGCCCUACUGGGUUCUGGCACGGCAGCCCGUAAUUGUGGAAACAACUGCCCCCGAACCUCAAACCCCAAAACGUCUAAUGCGGAUCGACCAUUCCUGCCUUCGAGCGGCAUUCGGUUCAGCGCCAGCUCAAGAUCUUCAACCCUGUCAGACCACUCCAAAUGCGUGCCCGGGCCUGGGGACGUUCUGAAGAAGUGGGUGCAGAAUUUGUGAACAUACUCCGCCGCAUGUUGGCCCGCCGGGUGGUAGCUGGUCCCUGGCACAAACUUCACGGCCGGGUAGUUGCGACGCAUCCAAGCCCGAAGCUUGCCAUAGCCCUUGUUUUUGAAAUGUUCGAAGCCAUUGUCUGCCCGCAAUUUCCUCGGCGCCCCGAAGCGCUUAAAAAUUUUCUCCAGGCACUCGGCCGCUUUCUCGACGGUUUUGCUUCCUGUGCUGAAUAUCCAAUUGUAGCCACUGAACACAUCGCAGGCCGUAAAGAUGUAUUUUUGUUCAGUGCCAGUAGUGGUCUUGUAAGGUCCGGCAUAAUCGAACGCGAUGCAAUCCAAGAGCUGUCCAUAUUCCAGCACCUCCGCCCGCGAUGAGAUCAACUGCUGUUCCCGCACGUUGGUGUUGCACGCCGGGCAUCUUGCGAUGAAGGCUGCAACAUCUUUCCGCAUGUUGUUCCACAAGAAUCCGCACCGCAAAAUCUCAACAAAAGUUGCAUACUCACCCGCGUGAGCAGCCCCCACGGCCGAACGGUGGAUGGCCCAGAUCAAGUAUUCGCGAAGCGAAAUCGAACCCGAGGGAAACAGGUGCGUAAGCUCUUCUUCUUCGAACCCAGGAACCCCAUCCACAAAUUCCCCCGGUGGAACCACCACCCUGAAAACGUGGUCGCGAUCUAACCGGAUCAGAACAUCGUCUGCAUCUCGACAAAACUGCAUCUCUUCACAUCGUCGAUAGCAGUCUUUGCCCGUUUCACACCCCAACGACGCGCCGCGCGUUGAAGUAGUUCUUCCAACGAAAACCGGCCUACAUUGUCCAGGACCCAAAAAUGUUCUGGCCAGGCCUUUUGCUGCAUUUGCGCAAUUCUUUCUUUGGUAACGUCCACCGGGACUGCUGUUUCUUCUUCCACUCCAGGAGGCGGAGCUUGUGCGCCAAAAGCCAGCAUUCCCUUGUAUCCGCUUUUCCAAAAUCGUCGCAGCGGCAACUGCGACCCUACUGCCCCCAACCCUGCUCCUGUUCCUGCCGAAACCUUCGACGGAGCAGAGAAAAUGAAUUUCUUGUAGUUCCACUGCUCCUGGAUCUUGUAGUACGCUUGAGGAGGUCGCACUACUUCCACAAAUUCCGGAACGAACCGUUUCGCCGUAGCAGUGCUGGUAGAGAAGUAAAACACCAUCUAACGGCUCCAAAUCCGCAAUCGGAGUCGCUUUUGUCGGAACCGCCCCCGGCCGGUACAGGCUUUGCAGUCGAAAAACAGUAGGUCCAUCGUGAAGAAAAAUUCCCUGGGCCUUCUUAAAGAUAGCAUUUACCCAAAUAGCUUCUGGAUCGGCUUCUUCCGGUGCUGGAUCCAAGUCUUCGUCUUCGUCUGCCAGCUGGUCCGGAGGUGGGUUUGCAGGAAAAUUUGCAAUCGCCAGCAACGGCUCUGCGUUUUCAUCUCUGUUGCCCCCCUGCAAAUUCUUCUCAUCCUCCUCUUCGACGUCCGAAUUACUGAAAUUAACACUAUUCCCUUCAUCAACACCCGCAUGAGCAUCCUGUUUGUCAUGCGACGACGACGAAUUGUUAUGCGGAAUUCCCAAAGGGGGAGCGGCCUGAUGCUCCGCUUGUUCGUCUAAAAUCGGUAGAAGGCCAGCCUGAUUCCGCUGUUCCUGAAGCGCGUCAAACUGCUCUACUAAUUCGGCCAGGCGAGUACUCCGCUGCCUGGUGUUCCGUUUCUUCAAAAGUUCUUCCGUUUCCGCAACUAUUAAAUCCUCUUGAUCUUCGAUGGGGAGGCAAAACCGCAAACCAUCACCCGGAUCCUGGAUAAUCCGCUGUCGCACCGGGGCCACGCCACAAUUGCACUUGCACCGCCUACCGGGCGCCCGUAGAAGUGCUUCCCCGGUGUGUUUCGGACAAAUUAGUAGUGGCGACUCAACUGUUUCUCGACCGGGAUUCCACUGCGCUUUGAAUAGCUUAACCUCCUGCACCCCAUCAGUGCAUUGCAAAUCCCGCAGUGGCUUCGCUAUUGCUUCCAAAUCGUGAGCGACAAAUUCCUUCGGAUGGUUGGAAUGGGACAAAUCGGAGCGGAACCGGUCUGGCAGCCCCUUGGCCGCAGCUUCUUUUGCCUCGGCGAAGUUGCGAUAUAACUUCCUCGGCCCCCAAGAGUACUCCACUUUAUUCCCAUUUUGCACCACUACGACUUUCUUCUUUUUCCCAUCGGCAGUCGCAGAAACGUGAAGCGCUUGAUUUUGUUCUGCCACCCCGAGAGGCUGCGUUUCUCCUUGACCCACGUUCGGGUCUUCGUCCUUCUUCGAUCCAAAUAGCCACUUGAUACAAUCCCGAACUCCAUUCGGCAUUUGACCUAGUACCCGCUGUAGGUCGGCCCGUACUCCUUCGCGGUCUUUGCCUUCUGCUGGGAAUCUGGAAACGAUGUCCGCCAAAAUAUUGCAUUCGCCACUAAUGUGCACCCGGUGAAUCAGUGGAGAUCGUAACUUCGGAAGCCUACCUUCGACCCAACGCUGAGCCUUGGCUGACUUCACCUGUGACCUUGCAAUCUCUUCCAGCUCCGACUCCCCCAAGUUCUUGUGAUCGAAAAGUAGGAAAAUUUCGCUGCCCUCCACAAGGUUCAACCCAAAAUCGCAGAACAUCUUGACCCCCGCCAACUCGCGUUCAAAAGUUCCCAGGUUUGCAUCGCCAGCUGCAAAACUCCUUGACUUCGCCAUAAUCGGACGCAGGGGCCCGAACUUCUUCGCUGGCUGAGCAAUGGCAAAACCCCUUCCGUAAAUGCUUGCGUCGAGCAAAACACAAAUUGGCCGCCCGGUAGUGCGCCAAUUCUGUCCCGCUGCAAGGUCUAGAGCCUUCAAUGGAACAUCCGAGCGGAGAGAGGUGCGCAACCGUUUAAACGCAUCCAUUGCUGCUGGGUCGCCUUGAAAUUUCUUGAAAUCCGAUUUCUGACGGAGGUAGGGGCGGAGCGGAUGACAAAUCUCCGUGAAAUCCGGGAUGUAUUCACGACUGAAAUUUGCAAAAGCAACCGCCGACAACAGCUCCGCGCGCGAUUUCGGUGUUGGCCAGUUCCGUAACUGGUCGCAGCGUUUCCUCGUUGGUUUCCGUCCUUCUUCCGAAAAUUCGUAGCCUAGAAUCUCCAGAGACUUGCACCCGAAACAACUCUUCCGCAGGCUCAACGCAAAACCAAUUUACCGUAAAGUAUGACUCCUACACGAGUUUUGAGGUGUAGACAUCUCACCGGCUGCGCCAUCAUUAGCGUCUUACUGUGUGAGUAUGUAGUCUCCACCAUCCCGUAGCCAUCGUGGAUUUCAUCCGCCGGGCACCUAAAGGUGCCACGCGCGUCACCUGGUCUAAGUGGUACGCUUUACGGUCGACCAGGCUGUAUUACACUGUCCCCAACUCCGAUAGACGCUCUGUCUACCGCCACCGACCCACGCCGGGACAUGCCUUAUCCUUGGACCACAAUUGUGGUUCGUGUCACCAAGGAGUUUGCACUGCUGGUUCUUGUUUUUUACGGAAGGCGGACGCCUCAGAAGGCCCUUCCAACAUGACGAGUCAGACAGCGCGUAAAAAUACAGCCACGAUUAGAUGUAAGAUGCUUCCCAUGCUACUAGGACGGCAGUCGCGCACUGCUCGGUCUAUAUAUCCUAGUUCACCAUCAGGUUUGGUAAACCCUCAGCGGGAAGAUUUCCUUGAGCAAGUCGUGAUACUUGGGAGGUCGUUUGAAUAGCCGCACCUGAUUUUGACGCAAGCUUUUUAUCUCUCUGAUCUUUGAAAAUCUCCGCUUUUGCCACGUACAGCUACCUUUUUCACGUAAAUUCAACAAAGUAGGCUCUAUUUUAGCUCAAAUUCAGGUCAAAAAUGGCAUAUUUUAGGUCCAGAACGCAUGGAAAAUGGAUCAAAAGGCGCAAAAUGGCGCCCCAGUUUCCACUGGUAGGGUCGGAACUCCGAUGUAAGGUUCAGAAAAUGAAGCGCAGACGAAGCUGCUGCAUGAUCUAGGUUCUUGCACUGACUAAAUGCGCGCCGCUUUUGUCUUUACCACAUCAGGAACGUCCACACCACGGGAAACAUUAGGAGCUUAUGUGAUGCUUUAGUAUGAAGCACAAAGAGCCUUUAGCUUUACUACGCUUGGGCUGGACUAGGUCCAGCCAGAACACAUUGAUGGAUAUUGUGCCUAUUUUGGACUACAUUUCCCCUAGAAUUACUUCUGUUUGCGCCUAAAGAGCACUAUUGGCUUGUGGGUAGUGUUCGAGCCCUCGGUUGACUUGGUUGUAGAUUCUUAUUCGUUUGCUCGGUGCGCGUUUCGGAAGUCUGCUCGUGAAAGCCAAGACAACCUGGAAAAUACAGGCGAUUUCACAAGUGGUGGACCCGAGCGGCAACGAAGCCGGAGCUUUUUCUGGGAAAAUGUAUAGCGUGGGCAUUAGCUCGGGGCACAUUUACGCUUCUCUCAUUUUGGACGUAUAGGACAGUCUAUAUCUAUUUCCCGUGGUGGUGGUGUAGCGCUAGGUCUGUUUUCCUUAGGAUGCUAGUAGCGGAUACAGCGCAUCGCUAAGCGCAAUAGAUAGACAAAAGCCAUGUUCCUUGGGCGGCGGGCUACGUACACGAAAAUCGGCGCACAGACUAGCUUCGAUUGCGGAGGGCUGGGGGCAGUAAGUAGUAGCAGCGUUUGCAAGGUACGCACGGAGCGACCUUGUCCAGAAAUUCCGAGACGGCGUAAUAGCUAGCCGGCCGGAGCCGGAGUAGUAGCAGGCGGAACGUUUUGGGCUGCAGAUUCCUCAUGGGAGGUAGCUGCGUUGAUAGCAGCGACGGGCCCCAGCCACGGAUCGGGCAAAAAAGUUGUCUGUCGCGGGAUGUAGAAUUGCAGCUGUGGAUUUGGGGGCAGCAGGAGUCUCCUAGACAAAAGUAAUAGUCUUUGAGGCAGUUCGCAGUUUUUUGGGGGAGAUCAUUUUUUUUUCGGGGUCCGAUAUUGGAAGCGCGCAUUAGCAGUUGUCGGGAUUGCCGCAAUAGCUUUGAUGCCGGAGCAGCAAAGCUUGCGCUCGACUUUCGAUUUUCAGUAGCACAGCGAUCCGCUGAAGCAUGGGGGCAGUUGUUUAGGCCGGAGCCGUCAACAGGCCUCGAGUGCUUUAUCGGGAAAAAGGCACUGAUGGUAGAUUGCAGCAGAUUGGCGAGUGUUCGCGUAAAGUAAUCAGGGGGCUUCUGGGAAAAUUGCCUGGCUGUGAUUACUUGACGCGAAGUGAAGAACGAGGUCUGCUUAUUUGUUCUAUUGAGGUAGUUAGACGCAUCCAGCCGCACAGCGCGACUAGGGUCGUCGUUUCUUUAUUUUAGGACUUUUUUUUAUUUGAAACGAACCGCGGCUGCGUCUGGAGUCGAUGCGCGGUUUCGCAUCACUUCACGCAGGAGCUGGGUUCGGGGCUAUAUUUAUUUGCUUUUCGCAUUACAGAUUUACAUUGGGGUAGCCUUGCUGGUAUGGUUUGGCUUUACAGUUUUCACGUUACUAUAUUGGCUACAAAGCUCGUCGUCUUCGACUUCGACCUUUGCAGCUCUUCUGGGAAAAUCUCCGCUUUUGCCACGUACAGCUACCUUUUUCACGUAAAUUCAACAAAGUAGGCUCUAUUUUAGCUCAAAUUCAGGUCAAAAAUGGCAUAUUUUAGGUCCAGAACGCAUGGAAAAUGGAUCAAAAGGCGCAAAAUGGCGCCCCAGUUUCCACUGGUAGGGUCGGAACUCCGAUGUAAGGUUCAGAAAAUGAAGCGCAGACGAAGCUGCUGCAUGAUCUAGGUUCUUGCACUGACUAAAUGCGCGCCGCUUUUGUCUUUACCACAUCAGGAACGUCCACACCACGGGAAACAUUAG